UGCCAAUUUUGCAAUUCGCCUCAAUUUUCUCUUCUAUUUUCCUUUAGGCCUGGCUUAAAGCCAAAUUAACUCUGGGCGUGCACAAAAUGUUUCAUUUUGCCAUUUGUUAAUUAAAGUUUGUCAUUUUCAAUUAAAUAAAAGAAUAUAAGCUCCGGAAGUAACGUGUAACUUUUAACGGAUCAAAAUCAAACAUCGAAUAAAGCUGUAAAUUGUAAGAAUGUGUGUUAAUUCGCUCCAAAGCGGUCAAUCUCAAUUAGCAAAAUAUUGUUGUACGUUCAUAUGUGCAUAUGUGACAAUAAUUAAAAGGAAAUGUAAUUAAAUCAUAUAUACAUACCAAAUAAAAGUGAUCUUAUUAGAGAAAUUGUUGAGAAAAGCUUAAAAUAUGUAUGUAAAUUUGUGCGUACGAUGGCAUGCUGUGUGUGUGUGUGAGUGGGUACGUGCGUGCAUGAGCGUUUGUAUGUAAUUCAGUACACGGACAGCGUAAUGAGUUUCUACUACGCACCACAUACAUACAUAUGUAUGUAUGUUCAGACAUACGCGAACUUGUAAUAAAACUUGGUUAAUUGACUUUUGACAAUUGAAACGUCUUUUUAUAUUUGGGUUUGUCUUCAGACAAUGCAGCAUGGAUCACAAUUUGAAGCAGGAAGCAUUGCCGAAUGCCAUUUCCGGGCAUGACUCCAGAAACUGGACGGCAUUGCACGAAGCCGUUGCGGCGGGCGAUGACAGACGAGUGCAAAUCCUGCUGUCGAGCAAUGCGGAUCGCCUGGCCAGGGAAUCGAGUCAGGGCAACACGCCAUUGCACGAGGCGGCCAGUCGAGGACUCAGCCGUUGCGUUAAAUUGCUCUGUGCCCCGCCAACCACCAAGACGCAGCACAAGGAGCAGAAGAGCCGACUGAAGACGCGGGUAGCAAACACGAUCGAAGCUCUGCACAACAGCACGCUGAGCAUGAUUAACAAUGAGGGCUUGACGGCGCUUCACUUGGCUGCUCAAAAGGGUCACAAUCAGAGCUCUAGAGAACUGCUGAUGGCUGGAGCAGAUCCCGAUGUGCAGAACAAGUACGGCGAUACUGCUCUGCAUACAGCCUGUCGCUAUGGCCAUGCAGGCGUCACUCGGAUUCUCCUUUCGGCCUUGUGUGAUCCCAAUAAGACAAACCUGAACGGGGACACUGCACUGCACAUCACCUGCGCCAUGGGUCGGCGAAAGCUAACGCGGAUUCUGCUGGAGGCAGACGCUCGUUUGAAUGUGAAAAAUGCUCAGGGCGAUACGCCUCAAAGUAUUGCGAUCAGAAAGAAUUAUCGGGAAAUCAAUGAGAUUCUAAGCACUCCAAAGCGUAUACGUAAUCGUCGAGAGAAGCCAAAAGAUCAUGACAAAUCAGCGCCUGCUCAGGACAAGGACAAAGAUAGUGUGGAUAAGGCAAUCAAUUGGUCGCCCUAUGGCUGUCACUAUUUUCCUGAUCCGCGCUCAUUUCCAUCGCCCAAACUGGAAACCUUACCCAAAGAGCCGCUGAAGCAAGGCGAACAGUAUUUCCUUGACCUCGCCGGGAACAUACACAAGGGUCCAGUCAGCGUGGGCAACACAUGCUAUUGUGGUCCCUUCUUCCGGCAUAUAGAGAAUAAACUGAACUGUAAUCGGAAGAGCCUGAAGAAGUAUGUGCACAAAACAAAGGAGCGGCUGGGCCACAAGGUUCAAGCGUUGGCAAUCAAGACGAACGAUCAAAUCGAGCAGCUGACUCGAACAAUGAUCGAGGAUCGCAUUCGCUGUGAGAGCAAACGACUUUAUCUCAAUGAAUACCUGCGCCGCGGAGAGCCAUUUCGCUCCACCUACGACAAUCAAACCAAAACUCAAAGGGUCGAACGCACAUUGUCUCGAUGUCGCAGCUUGGACUUACUUGAGAGUAAUUUCGAGAGCGGCAAAAUGUCCAACUCGAAGAGCGUUGACAUUCUGGAGAACGAAAAUCAAACGGUUGUCGACAUCGUAUACCAUUCGCAGUCGCAGGAGGCGCAGGCUGAGAGCGACUCAAAUGAGGAUACCCAAUCGAAUUCGAGUAUGGGAGUAACAGAGAACCGAAAUGAUUUGAUGAGUGCAGCUGCUCUAUCGACAGCUGAGGAGGAGCUGAAGCAAACGAAAUUGAAUGAACUGAAGCAGGACUUUCUUAAGGUAUCGGAGCGACUUGGAGAUUUGCUAGAGAAGACCACUCUCAUCAUGGAGCGAGACAACGAGCAGGAGAAUAAACGCCAGCUCUGCUCCCUGUCGCCAGAGCAAAGUAAUCCAUCCAUGUACACUCCAGAGAAUCCCUGCCACCUGCUGGACAAUAAGGAGAACGCUAAUAGUCCCAGCUACGAUGAGUAUACAAAUGUACAAAGACGCUAUCCCAACUCAAGCGAAACGUCAAACCCGUCUCAGAACUCAAACAGUUGGGAGUUCGAAACGACUCCGCCGGACGCCCAAAGGUAUUACCAUUGCAUUGGUCGCGGUGAAAAUAUGCUGAACACGGUGAUCAAAGCACUUCGGAAAGAUGCCACCUUUGCGGAUCACAACAAGGACGACGUAACCUUCAAUCAGAAUGAUAGAGAUAGAGUCUGCGGCGAUAAGUUGUUGUACAAGGAGCAGGUUCAAAGCACACCAUCUCCAUCGCCAUCGGCGUCGUGCAGCACAGAUGCCGUGUUUCAUGCGCAACCGUCCCACCCAAGAUCCAUGCAAAAAUCCAUAUCGAAUCUCAUGAAGAGGCAACCGCUUUGCUUGGAGGACAACUACUCAGUCAAUGCAAAUCUCUAUAACUCCAAUGGCUUGAGUAUUGCCCAAGCAAACAUUCCCCAUCACGUAGCUGGCGGCGUGCAUAUGAGGCAAAACUCCAAUGAAGCUGCUGGGAAGGUUGAGAUUAGAAACAGCGAAAUAAAAUACCUAAAGAAAUCGAAUACGGGCCAAGUGAAGGACAUGGUGGCCCAGCUGCAGGGCAGGAUUGAUUCGAACAUGCAGUACGACAAUGAUGUUGGCUUGAGCUACGACUUGCCGCACUCACAAAUGGUGGCGCCUCAGUUGAGCAAUAAUCUCCAUAGCAUAUCUAAUCCUGAAAACGCUGGUCAACUGCCGUUGCCAAAUGCUUCGUCUCUGUAUGCGGUGCACGCGAGAACACCCCAAUAUGCGCCAUACGGUGCAGCUGAGAGGCACAUACCCAAAGAUGCUUACUUUCAUGAUCUUCCCAAUCGAUCAAGAAAUCUGCAAAGAGCACAAAACGUUUACUCUGGCGAUUUGGGCAGCGUCAGGCUGUCAGUUGGCUAUGCGGGACCGCAAGAGUUCCGCUCACCCAGUGCCCAAUGCCAAUCCCAGUCCCAAUCCCUCCAUCUGCAGCCACAUGAUCAUGAACCCCUGCACGGGGAUUACGUUAGCCGAGCACCCGCUCUGGCUGACACCAAUCAGCUGCAAUAUCCCCACGGGAAUCUGGCACAAGGCGUCAACUCAAUACGAUCCCCGGCUAUGAUCUUUCGAAGUCAACUCCCGCACAAUGUCCUAAGCAGCGAUGUCGAUAUCGAUGUGGAUGAAAUCGCAUCUGUGGGUUUAUACAAUAACGUUUCCAGCUUGGUUUGAAACACAUGGAGCAAGUUAAUAAUUAAUGUAAAUAAUAUAAUUGUGCAGAUUUUGUAGCUACCAUUUUGUAAAUAGUUGUCACAAUGUAUUUAUCAUAAUUAUUAUUUAGAUGUAUGUAUUUAUAUAUUUAUGUUAUCCUGUUAGUUUGUUGCACUCAGCCAGAUGUUUGGCAGAGCAAAUUCUGGACGCGGCAACGUUUAACAGUAAUAAUAUUUUUGUUUAGAAUUCGCAGCAUUUGUUUUUGGCACUAUUUGUUGUCUGAAAAUAUAUGUGUAUAUGUGCAUGUAUGUGUGUAUGCAUGUACUUAUUUCGUAGGUUUUCUUUUCGUAUCUUCACUUAGGCGUAACAACUAUGAAUAACUACGUAUUAGAGUUAUUAUUGAAUUAAAAUAUAUUUUCUUUAAAAAAUUUUUAAUAUAAUAGUAUUAAUGUAUGUGUAAAUAUCAGAAUGUCAAGUACAUAUUUAUUGAUAACAGAUCGUUUUGGUGUUUUGAUAGACAUGCGGCUUUCGACAUUGUAAUCAUUAAAAUCAAUUUUCAAAUAAUAAAAUAUGUAUACAAAUUAACUAAUGAUGACAACUUUGAUAUCAUUUAACUACAUAUAAUU